CUGAAUAGAAAAACCGAAAACUGCUAUAUGAUCGGCAUAAAAGGAACGAGCCAAUGGAUACCCGUGAAACGCCUCAAACCGUUGCAACCAACGAUUUGGAAUUCAUCGAAACUGACGAAACGUCGCAACCUCAAAGUUCAGAUUCAAAAUCAAAAACACACGAAAAUAAUGAGCCGAAUAUCUUGCGGGAAAUUCGAAGGAAUUCGUCCAUAAGAACGAUCAGACGAGAUAGAACAAAUAAUUCUCUGGAAAUUUUCAAACACACCAUGCGGGGCACUCAAACACCGCUUACAUUAAUCGGGGUAACCAUACCGAAACGCAACGACGAGGAACAAAAAUCUGACAAUAUAAACCCGGAAACCACCGGCGACGUUGCUGCUGUGGGUAAAACUGAGAUUUCGGUUGCUCGCAAUUCGCAAUCUGCAGACUCGGAUCAGCAGAAAUCUGGGUCCUCAGGGAUUAGGGAGAGUCUCGAGCCGUCCACAAGCUUGAAACCCACGUUUUCUCAGUUCAGGGUAGAAGCGGUGACCGUGAAAUUCAGUCACGAAGCAGCCACCCAAGCAACGCCACCGCAUCCAUCUCUGACUUCGACUAAAGACGGAACUGCAACAUCGAUUCCCAUGGAUGUUCUGCAAAUCGCUACUUCAGUUUCGUCGAAUCGUUCGGGACCAAAAAGCGAAGUUUUGACCGUCACUACUGACUACAGCACCAGGUCACCGGAUGCUCGGAGUCUCACGCUCGACGUCAUCGAACAAGAUCAUCCCAGACGCUACAUCAGCGUAGAACCGAGCACACCGGUACUGGCGAUAACGAAUUCUUCAAAUUCACGGGUCAUUCGACCGCCGGUUCUACCCGCCGAAUUAAGGAUGGCUCCGCCUUCCAUCAGCAGUCAUAGAAGUUUCCUGAAUUUGCGAAGAGGCCGUCGAGGGUAUCGGUGGAACUGGAUAAAUUGUUUUAGAAGAAAUGUACAAGCGGGAGAAGAGUCGGAUUUGCAGCCCUACACGUUAGGGCCGCCGCCGACCUAUUCCGGAAUUUUCGGGGAGCACAGAUCGAUUUUUACGGAAUCAAGGAUUCCUCUGCCUCCCAGACCUUCGACCGAUACAUCCUCGGCAUCUUUCGUCAUUCCUAUUCCUCCGCCUAGUUACGCCCAAGCCCAAGGACUCUGUGACGUUUCACCUUACUCUAUGGAACAAAUGAUUUCAGUUCCCCCAAGCAGAGGUAUUUCGUCGGCUAGACCGACAGCCACGAUUUGUCCCAGAUGUACAGCGGUCAUUGUAACCGCGAUAGAAGUUCGCCGAUCAGCCCUCACCCACGUAUCGGCUCUCGCUCUCUUCUUAUGCGGAUGCUGGCCAUGCUGUUUGAUACCUUAUUGCAUCGACUCCUGCAAAAGUACACACCACUAUUGCCCAGUUUGUAGAACUUACCUCGGUACUUACACUCCUUGGUGAAGAUCGAAGAGCCAACUAGCUCUGCGUAGCGGAAAAAAAAUGAUCCGAUAGUUUUUAUUUCGUAUUUUUUACCAUCUUCGUUUUUCGCACAAGAGUCCUAUGCGAUUGAUAAUACAUGUGCGAUCGUUUGAAUAAAACCAAUUGGACUGGCGGGAGGCAAUGUAAAAUCGAUAUUUUAUUCGUCGGAUGCGAUUUUAAGUUACGAUGAAUCUUCCCGGGUAACAACUCGUAUAUCCGACUAGGAAAGAACUUCCAGCAACGGAUUGUAAGAUCCUAAGUAACCACCACAAUCGGGACAAUAAUGUUUCGCGGUUACGAAACACAUCGAGAAAUAAGGAAGAAGACAGCAACCGAAAAGACAACUGCGUACAAAUGAAAAUCAAAAUUACGGUUACUUUGAGUUACAAAAAUAUCAAUGUCACGCGGUAACGCACCCAGACAAUACGCAUACGAUGCAUGUGAGGUGAGCGAUUUUUGAAUAGGAUAUUCGGACCUCGGUUACCACGUUCUUGGAACACGUCGGGCAGUAGGCGUAAGCAGGGGAGUGAUGAUUGACUGAAAUAUAAUUUCAAAUCAUCAGCUUUGGAGCAAUAACGAACGAAAUUCAGUGGUUGCAGUUUUUGAGUAGCCGUAUUACGUAAUUCAACUCACGAGUCAUGCCCUCUCCUCGAAUUUCCGUUCCGUUUGACGAAGACAUGACGAAUAGAAAUUUAUCGUGAAUUUAUGUGAACAUAUUUUUGAAAAUAUCCAUCAUACGUGGCGUGUUUUUUGACGGUUGCAUUUCGUAGCCACCUUCAAGUCAUCGGUAACGGGGCAUCGUCGCUUGAAAAAUCAGAACGAUAAAUUGAUAUCGUUGCCGAUUUCAAGGAGAGAAACGUGACGAGGUGGAUACAUUCGGAAAUUUUUCGAGCUUCUCACAUUUCAGAAAAAAACUCCGCGAGUACGAACGAGAAUCCUUCGAAGAUACAAUUUUCGCACUCGCUAUUUAACGCGUCGAACUUUCAAUUGGAAUUAAUUACAAAACUCCACUGACGGCGCUGAUUCCAAAGGUCAAGUGUACAACAAUCCCAUCUAAUUAACAGAACAUGAAUAUAAUACAGAGAGAGCACUCCGGAUCGAUCUUGAGUAGGGAUAUGCGUUCUGCAAGGAUUGAACAGCACUUCGGUCUAAUCGCGUAAGUUCAAAGUCAAUAUAUAUACUCCACACGUACUUUUCUAGGGCAUUAUUAUACCGGAUUAAUUGAAUUUUGAAGCGAUGCCAAUCGGGAGCGACGAAUCAUUCCUCUUGCGAGCAGCAGAUUCGAUCGCUAUUCAAUAACCAAUCAAUGAUUUCCACCAGAGUGCGUACCAUUCGAGAUGAGGGAAGUGCGAAACCGACGCAAACUCAAUUUUCUAUUAUACAGACAAUUGAGAGAAAGAAAAUGUUAUAUCUCGCUGCGUUAACAAUUAUGCUGAUACUUAUUGUCAGCGAGAUCGGUAUGAGAUAAUCUUCCGUGACGACGUUUGAGUUCUACGCAUGCAUUCGUGAUGGCGUUCGGUUACAAAAAUUAAGCAUCAACGGUGACAAAAAAGACCAAUUCGUUUUCAGGUAUGGAAUAUCGGAAUUCGAAGCUUCCUUCGCACGAUGCCGACUGUCCAAUUUCGAGUAAAUUUUUUGCGAAUGAUGAGCGUGAUGGCUGAAACCGAACGAACUUCAAUAAUUCAUUAAUCUUUCGCAGAUACUCGCAUUGUCGUAUUUAGCGAGAUAGCGAAACAGUUAAAGUGAUAUGCUAUCAGGACCGCCUGUACCUAGCGUCACCGUGAAUAACGAUGACUUAAAGAACUAAAUUGAAAGUACGUAGUCGAAAUUUGAUUCAGUCGACGAUAAAAACUCGAUCGUUACGUUCGGUGUUCAGUUUUUUCAACUUGUACAUUGUUUUUUUUUCCAUCUGGCAUCCCUAAUAACAAAAGUAAGGCUAUCGACGUGAUAUUCGGCCGAUGAACUCGUAACAGUUCACCCUAAAUUAUGGAAAAAGAUGGACCUCUACCCCAGUACUCCGAAUCACCACCUCCCUACACCGUAUCAGCUGCACCGACGCAUCAUCUAAGGGCACCCCACACUGUUGUACCACCUCCUAGUUACUUCUCGGAACAAAAUUCGUACAACAAUGCGGAACCCGUGGUAUUUUCGACUCCGAGUUAUGGACAAGAACGUAUUAUUAUUCAGCAACCCGCAGGUACGACCGUACACGUUGCCAGCAACUAUUCGUCGCUCGGAACGGACCCGAAAUCAUUGGUUUGCAGACAAUGCGAUCGUAGGGUUACCACCAGGACGAUUCAGCAGCCAGAAAUGAGAGCACAUCUUUUGGCAGUUUCUUUGUGUUUAGUGGGAUGCUGGCCAUGCGUACCUUGCAUUUAUUUCACAGAUUGUUGUACGAGCACCAGCCAUUACUGUCCUUCUUGUAACGCAUAUCUAGGAACUCAUUUACCGAGACCAUGACGAUCAUAUAAAAAUUACAGGAAUCUUGUCGAUUACAUUUUUCAAUUAAAAACAAAAAGAAAAAAAAAACGUUAUAAUUGAAAGUCAAGUUAAGUGGCGUUAGAAAAGCCUCUCUUGACAUUGACUCUUCAAUAUUUAGCAACAAUGGCGAUGGAAAAUUCUUCUCUAUAAUUAGGAAUUUGGUUUACGCAGGUAAACCGAACGAGUAUCAGCCUGGACGCGAUAUUUGAGUUCGGCAUCGUAGACGGUGACAUAUUCUCAAGUCUGUACGUAUAUAAUAAGUGAAUAGCUGAAAUGCAAAAGCAUGUUUACAGACAUCUGCUUAUCUUUUUCGUGUAUUUUAGUUUAACGUCUGGCUUAAGUAGGCCAAAUUCAAAUAAUGCCUAUGACGAAAUAUUACACGAGUCGUACUUACAGCUUCUUCACCUUCGCGUGUAUUGACGCUCGUAUAUAAUUAUAACAAUUUCUCAACAUACCAGAAAAGUUCUAAUCGUGAGUAGUUUGAAAUAAGAUUGUCCUCGCGUACUUUUUCAGUUCUUAGGGUAUUACGUGUAAUUACCAACUCUUACGGAUAUGCCUCGCAAACAUUCGAAGCAUAUAAAGAUAACCGACUUAUACGGAAAACCUGAAUUUCUUCGAAAGAUUAGACCAAACUCAUGUCAAUUAGUAACGGCGCACACCGUCAAAUUAGUGAGAAUUCGAGCAAGAAUGAAUGGAAAAUCAAAAUGCAGUCGAGUUUGAAAAAUUGAUCCGAUGCUAGCUGACCGGAAAAUAUUCUGAAAACGUCGUCAUCAUUCUUAAGAUAUGUGAGCGAAGUUGGUCGGGUAGAGUAAACUUGAAAUAUCGACAAUGUUGACAAACAAGGUGAACGACGACGUCGAAGACCCCCGAAACUGUAUUGAAUGGUCGUCUAUAAUUACGAAAAUGUAAAGCUCAAGUUCAAUCACGUAAGACACGAGUGUACAGGUGUGUGUGUACACGGAACAUAUCGAUAAAAAUUCGAGAUAACUUACAUACGUAUAGUCCAAUUUACGGUGUUAUUGCGGAUGAGUCACGUGGAAUAUUUAUCCAGUCGCGCUAUCUCUCGCUCACCUCGGUUGUCUCGGCGAAGCCACGCAGUCAUCGUUUAAACUUGGAGUCGGUGACAUACAUCUACUUUACACCGUACGUAGAAGCAUAGAUACAAAAUUCAACAAAACGCAGUUCGGCAGUAAAUAGUCCAGUGUAAAAAUUUAGCGCGAAACGAGAAGAGGCGAAGAAAUAUUUCAGAAACAUGUACGGAGGACCUCACAAUCAACACUAUCCUCCUCAAGGACCACCGCAACCUGGUUUCGCACCACAAUACGGCCCUCCGCCUCCCUACGGGCAACCACCGGUGAUGCAACAACCGCCUCCAAACACAACCGUCUACGUCGUGCCGGCCCCGGAACAGCAACAGAGCAGAGGUAUAAGUACGGGAGAAGCUGUAUGCUGCGGUUGUUGUCUUGCGUGUUGUCUGUCGAUGUGUUCACCGUGUGAUCUUUUCUAAUAUAUAUGAGCGGGUAUAACUAAAAUUAUAAAAAAAUGGACGACGAUGUUGCUAAUAGGUAUCGAUUACCGACUCGCAAUCAAUAAUAAUUGCGGGUGGGAUAGACUGAUUUUCUUUGAAUAAUGAACGAGAAUCAAGGUAAUUCCGAAAGAAUGUUCAGAGAAAUAAAUUGAAAAUACCAUCCAACGCGACGAGAUAGAAACUAAGAAAAUGGGAACGCACAAUUUCUUGUGCGUAUGAAUGGAGUAAUAAUACACCCAAUUAAAUAUCAUCGUACAAAAUGCAGCAGAGGUAAAUGGAAGGUGAUGGAAAUUCGCACGAUGACGAGGACUUUCGGAAUUUGUAUGAGGAAACAAAUGAUAAUUCAAUAUUAUAUCGUCUGAAAAUCAAGCUAAUGAGCUCCAUCGGAAUUCCGACGAACGUGAUACUUCAGACCUUCAAAUUAAAUCAGCAUUUGCGAGAGUGAUUGUGUAAGUGAAAAUAUACAUAUAAUGUACUGUAACGUGUAAAAUAAUAGUGUCCAUGAACAUACGAAAAGAUAACAUAUAGGAAUCCGUCAUAAGAUGUAAAAACCCAUUGUAAAGAUAAAAAAACAAAUAAUAAUAGCAAUUUUAAGAAUAAUGAGAAAAAUGUAAACUACAUCGUAUUGAAAAGUGAUAAACUGUUCAGUCUAGUCGUGAAUAUAUAUGUUUUAUAAUGAUUGAUGAUGUAAUGAGGAGUAGGAGUGUUCGGUUUUUCUAAUACAUAUAGUUGUACAUUCA